AUGUUUUCUCGACCUUCACAAGCCAGUGGCCAAGGCAAAGCCAGGGUCGACGAGCUUCUGUACAAGCUCCAGGCCGACCUGCAGGACGAAAAAUUGACUCCUGAAGCACGUCAGAGUCUAUUAGAGCAGCUCAAAGUCCUUGGGAGAGAUCCAUCAAAUUCUGAAUCUAUCUUUGCUAAGAAGGGGAUUGCAACCCUGUGUGAAUAUGGCUUUGACGUCGCUGAGCUAGAGGUUUCACAAGAAGCUCUGAGAUGUUUAGCUAACGCUAUGCUUCUACAAGAAGCCCCAAGACAAUAUCUGCUAGACUUAGGAUAUGGCGGCAAGGCAGCUGAAAGACUCAGGAUUGACGAUCGAAACGACGAAUUCCUCAUCUCUCGCAUCAUCUUCCUCCUGACGUACAAGACGACGGUCGACCUCGUGGAGCUCGUCGAAAAGCACGAACUAGCGAGCAGCAUCUGCAGAAACUUAGCUGGUCAUGCUGACAGGCUUGAUGACCCAACAAGUCAACAUGCUCACCCAAUGAACGAUAUGGCUUUGACAGAAACUCUGAAACUGCUGUACAAUGUAACAGCUAAUCAACCAGAGCUAAUAAUCAAGUUCGCGAGCUCUGUGCCAGACUUGUUCAGCAUUCUCUCUCACCAGAAGCUGCCUUCGCCGCCGUUGCAAGGGUCCGUUAGUGCUACCAUCAAUGCAUUGAUGAACAUGCAGAUAGCAAACGAAACCUCUCCUGACAAGGCACGAGUCGAUCAACUGAUUGACAUUCUUGACCUCUCGACGGAGGCAUAUUCGGAAUCGGAACUUGAGAGAACCGGAACUCCGCUAGUGUUGCUGUUGCGCAAGAUCCAGAGCAAAGCAUCACCAGAUGUGCGCGAACACAUGCAGUCUCUCUUAUUACCCAAUGAAGAGGCACGUUCCAAGCCUCUGGGUCAAGGCGACUCGUUGCCAUCUAGGCUACUUCGACUUUCCAUCUCUCCUGCUCAGACGAAACUGCGUGAGAGCAUCUCCGGUCUGUUCUAUGAGCUCUCUGACAGCAACCCAACAACAUUCAUCCACAACAUCGGAUAUGGUUACGCUGCUGGCUACCUCUCUACGCACAAGAUUGAGGUGCCUGAGACUAUGAUUAAGGCCGAUGCUCAGGACGCAGACAUAAACCCUGUCACUGGUCAACGUCGGGCUGCUGAACCGACGAAUCCCGAACCUGAGAUGACAGACGAAGAGAAGGAGCGUGAGGCUGAGAGAUUGUUUGUGUUGUUUGAGAGGUUGAAGGCUACUGGUGUUGUCGAUGUUGAAAACCCAGUGCAUCAAGCCAUGAGGGAGGGUCGCUUCGACAACUAA